UCCGUCCUCACUCUGUUCACUUCUCACAACAGAAAAAAAAAAAGAACGCGUGGACAUCCGCAGGGCGCGGGAAAGUCUUUUCGGGCAGACCACACCACCACAACAAGGGUCUGGCUACGUUUUAAUUUUAUAAUUAUUUAUUUGUAAUAUUUUCUUCCACCGGAUAUUUUGGGGAUAUUCCUCCCUUUGAGCUGCUGGCAAACCAAAUGUUUCUCCCCCCUAUUUUGGACUUAUCUCACAUGGGAGUUUUCUUUUUUUUUUUUGUCGAAAGUGCCGCGUGACAUCUCAGCUCGAGGCUUGGCGUCACACCAUCAAAGCCUGACAACAAGAUGAGCAACCAGUGAAAGUCGACGCCGUUUUUAAGCCACGAUGCCUUUAUUUGACGAAACCGUGGCAUUUGCUGGACUGUCAAAGUCAUCAGACAUGUCUGGCUUUAUUGUCAAGCCGAUGUUCCAUUACGGUGGGGCCCAUGUUUCCUACAACCCCCGAGAAAAGGACGCAGCAGAGUUUACAACACCUUGGACUAACUCAAGCGCGUCUCUGCUGGACGCAGGAAGUCCGAUACAUCAGGCGCCCGGGAUGAAAACGGGCGGCGACCAUUCAUCUCUCUCUGACAAUCCUGUUUAUCUGGCGAUUCCAAAAGCUCUGUAUGUCCAUAAACCUUGCUGCCAUGAUCUGAGUUGCAUGAUGGGACAUCGGUACAGCUUGGAGCACGGUCAGACGGCAGCCCCUGCUGAAAUCGAGCAUGACUGGACUCCCGGGGAGGCUUACCGCAACCAGAGAUCAGCCAUCCAGCGAAUUGCACAAGAGAAACUGCAAAGUUUACAGUUGGAUCCCGGUGAAGAACAAGUCAAGCGGAUGACCGCAGAAAGCUUGAACAGAGGAAGGCCGACUCGAAUGGAGCCUCGCUGUUGCGGCUACCCCCGCAUGCCCCCUCUUCCCAUGCUCACAUCUUUAAGUGAGCAAAGCCGACAUUUACAGCCUCCCCCCAGAGGCUACGCAGGCCUUCACCCCUCCCAUGCAACAUAUGAGCAUAUGACCUCAGAGCUUUAUCAAGAAUGUUCUCCCGUGUCCAAAUAUGGUCAUCCAACAAAGCGCCCAAUGUUUUACUACUCGCAGGCCAACGUGGAGGUAGAAAGCAGAACACACUGCCCGGAUGUUGGCGGUGAGCAGAAAGAAGACGUUGCCGUUCGGAAAAGCGCCAUCCCGACCCCUCGGGAGCAUUAUGCAUUCCCUCCAACGCUUUACGGCGACAUCCCUUUGUUUUUGCACAGCACUGAAGCGCAAGCAAAUCACUCCUUUGUGCAGGGCUUCGGCUAUCCGUGUUAUGCGCAUCCUGGUUUUCAUGUAAGUCAAGUCCGAAACGUUGAGAGGCAGCGUGCGCCGCCUGGGCUGCCUUCUCACAGAAUCAGCGUGUCGCCAACGGACAAACGUUUACCCACCGCAGCCGGAAUUCAAAAGAGCAACAUCAACCAGCAUGUCGGAGCAUUGGACGCCCCCCCUGCUUUGCCGCGGAUGGACCCCAUCGGUCCGACACGACCUGCAGGUCAUUCCGUGUUGCCUGCCCACUUUCAAAUUAGCAGGCUGUAUCCUUCCAUCACCAGUCAACUUGAUCAUCAGAUGGAUCAACCGGUCCUUUCGCCGUCUGGCUUGACUCAAGAGAGACCGCUGGACUAUUCUUUGUAUGGAGGUCAGCGUACGUGCUCCAAACAUCCCAAAGACCUCCCAGCUUCCCCCAAGACGCGGCUUCCGCAAUCCCCCAAACAAACGCCCGAUUGCCUCUAUGCACCCUUAAUCAACAGGCCAGAAUUUGAAACAGUCCUUGCAUCAGGUAGUAAACCCAACGGAGCUCCGUGCAGCUUUGCCGAUUGUGUUCUCGAAGACAGUCUGAAGCGACGUUCCCCAUCACUUAUAAAAAUCAAAGAAGAGGCGCCGGAUUCACAUGAAAGUGACUCGCUUACAAAGCGACAAAAGUUGGAAAUUGAGGAGGCCCUCAAAGGAAAUCAAGAGGAGUCUCCUCAAAUGCCGGUUAUUGACAGUGUGUUUAGCCUGGCACAUGACGGAGAACACCUAAAACCUCCUGGAGUGUUCGUUUCAGACGUCGAACCUCAGAGAGGGAAAGAGUUGUCUGAACAUUGUAAAGUCGAAGCCACAACACCCCUUAAAAAAAUAACACCUAGUCCAGUGAGACCACCCGCUUGUAUGAGUCCAGAGAGGUCUCAAGUCCAAAUGAUUGAACCCGCAAAGAUCAAAAUUGAAAAGAUAAAUCAAUCGUACACAUGUGACGCUCGUAGUGAGGCCGCUCGUAGCCCAACACAGGAUCAAAUCAAACUUGAACCCGAAGAUGCAACUCUGUCAGACACCAAAUCCAUGCUAGUCACUCAGAUAUGUGAACCCGAGAAUCUUGAAUGGAAACCUUCACCGGUCGAGGUCAACAUUUCUUCAGAGAGCCCCAAACCGCCAAUCUCCUCUCCGGGUAACGCCAGCGCAACGGAGGAGCAGGAAACCAACACUGAGCCGAAACCUUUCAGUCCACCGCAACCACAGAAACUCAAAUUUGAUCCCAAAACCAUUCCAACUGAGUGCUUAAAGCUUAGCUCCACCAGCAAUAUCCGUCUCCCCGAUCAGAACGUCUGUCAUCCAGCUGAACAACAAGAAACACCCGUGCAAAUUCAGGAUGAAACAACACCAAGGAAACGAAGAUCUGUUCGUAAGCAUUUCUUAGAGCUGCAUCGCGCCCUCUGCAAGCAGAUAUCCAAAUGUGUGUCUGCCACUUCAGAGCAAGAGCUCCGAACCUGGCUGUCUCAGCUGGGACUGGCGGAAUCCUCGUCAACCAAAGUCCAGAAAGUUUCCUGCAUGUUGGGGAUUCAAGCCAGGGACAAGUGGCUCAAUCAGGAGAUCUGUUCUGCUCUUCAGGAGGUGCUGGACAGGUUGAGGGAAUACAUCGCAUAUGAGCGCUGCCCUUUUCCACACGUCAUGAGAACGGGGGCGGUGUUUCUCCCUAUGCUCGUGGUGAAAGAAAUCCUUUUCCCCGUGGUGCCGGGCACCUUCAUCGACCAAGUCCUGCAAGAACACAAGGUGGAACUGCGGCCCACGACCCUCUCCGAGGAGAAGCUCCUCACCCAGCUUCACAAACCCUGCUCGUCGCGACUCAGGAGGCUGAUGUCGCUCAAACACUUGCCCGACGUCUACGCCGAUGUCAUCAACCUCUUGUAUUACUCCAGUGUCUGCAAGCACCUGGGAGUAGACGUAGAGACUUGGGAAGGCUGGAACAUCAGUAGCAGCUCUUCACCAGCAGAGGACACCAAAGCCAAAUCUCACGAGAGGAGCGUUACCAAGGCAAAAAGCAGGGUGAAGAGCAGUUCCAGGCGCCUCUUUCUGGACGACGGCUUGUCUGACGACGAAGACAAUAACACACAAAAGCACGCUGAAAGAGAAUCGGACAAGACAACCAGCAGUGAAGAUGCUUUACCCGCAGAUGAUUCCUGGACUCACCCUUUAACUUCAGACAACUUUGCCAAUAGCGAUGUUGAACCAGAGAAAUCUUCCAGUUUCUCGGCUGCAUUCCAGCUGGCGUCCCACAAGAGUUCGGGAAUGUUCGUCAAGCUGAAAAGCAAGGAGGCCGAGCGUAGAUGCGUGAACGUCAGGUGGCAGCGCACGGGAAGCACGAGCCGAAGCCUGCGUCCCCUCAGCGGCUCGCGAAAGCGAAAGACGAGAUCACUUUUGAAAAUCAAGUACUGUCCCUACCUGUCGGCCUGCCACAGUGCCGAGCGCAGGCGCCGCUGGGUUCUACGCUCGGCUGUGCGUCGCGCAAGUGGGGCAUUGAGACUUACUUACCCGGACCUGGUGGGCAAGAGGAUCCGACACCUAUACGAGGAGGAUGACAAGUCUGAGGUGUGGUACCGAGGGGAGGUGAUGCGGGUCCACGAGGCUCACAGCAACCCCCUGAAGACCAUCUUUGAGGUGCGCUAUGACAGCGAGCCCGAGUGGAAGUACUACCUGGAGCUGCUCAUUGACUACAAGAAAGGAUGGCUCACUGUUGAAGAAGACAAAUGACACGACAGCAGGGGUCACCGCCACAAAUUGGGACACAAAUAGGGAGCCCUUAACACUUCGACAGAGAAUCUAUGGGCCUGAUUUCCUAAAGAUUUGCGCGUUCAAACAAAGCGGAUGCAUACUGAUGUGGAAGCUAUUUAAUGGAGUGCUAGUAGGAUUUUAGUAAUCUAAGUUUUUAUCCUGGUAAGGCAAUUGACAACAGAUUCUCAUUUGCGAUGCCAAGCAAAAUGGACAAAAAGUCAACAGUACAGUGUGAUGUAGUUACACAAUAAAUCACAUCACAUGAAUAAUGUGAGAAUAAAAGGUUCAAAACGGGCUAAAAUCAAGUGCAGCAAAUCAUGUAUGUACCGUAUCGCUUGGCAGCUUUUUGAACAAUUGCUGCCAUAAAUUAGGUUGAGUUUUGUUUGUUGCAGUGUGAGUUGAGAAAAGUCAAGAGUUGCCUGCUAAAGACAAUAACUUGCCAUGUAGUUAUUUCAUGUUUUGUGGGAGAACACCACUGGUGGGAGGCCAAAACCCCCUGCCAAAUUAUGGUCAAUUUACAUUUUUAUAAAUCGAUACUAUUGGUCAGUUCCCUCAUGGGUGUAAAGUUUUUGUUUUUUAAUCAGAGAUGCAAGUAAACCUUUGUAGAGAUUUUUUUUUGCUCUGGUUCCCAAGGUUUUCAUAUGUAAUGUUAAUAUUCAUGAAUUAAGGAUAAGGAUCAGCAGGUGGAUUUUUUUUUGCCUGAAACAUCAUGGUUGUAAUUAAUGCUUAGUAAAAUCAGAAUUGUGCAAGCUUUAAAAAAAGUCAACCAAAGUAUCUCAAAAACCUGAUGUGCUGAAAAAAAUGUCAAGACUUGGAAAUCAUUGAAAGAAAAUAUUGAGGGACACAAAGCCAUCUCGGAUUAAAAUUUCCUGUUGACCAGUGUUACUGGCCAGCGUUGAAAAUAGGCAGGUGAUUUUUGAUGACACAAUGUUAGUUUUUUGAGAUGCAAGGUUUCCAUCAGACUUUCCCCAAAAAAGUCAUUUGGGCGCUUGUAACUGACCUACUUGGGAGCUUAUCAUGUGGUGCGACGUCAUAUUACUGAUGACGACACACCUUGGCGGCUGCAGGUCAUGUGAUUUUUUCUCACCUCACAACUCAGUGCAAUGGCUUCUGUGCCUGGGAUUUUCAAUGUCAUUAAAUCAGAGAAUAAGUGCGUUUUGCAGUGCCUUAAAUAUUGACCAAUUUAACAGUGAAAAUGUUUUCCCCUACUGUGUAGAACUGUCCCUGUUCUAGAAUGUAUUUUACCAAACUGGAGUAAAGUUACCUGUUGUCUUUUUCAUGACCUCUUUUUGUAUUGCAUCUGAAAGCGGGUUCAGAUGUCGAUGUCGUGUCUGUGACAAGGGCCAAGGCCCUAUUUUCUAAGAGAUGUUUGUAUUUUAUAUUGGUCACUUCAUACUGUGUCUCACCAAUUUGUCUUUAAUAAAUGUUUGGAUUGCU